AUGAAACAAUGCAUUUUUUUAAUUGGUCUUUGUGACUGUUCAUCUCCAUUCACAGACAAGCUCAUGCUUGUAUCGUUCUCCUUCUUCCCUUAUCGACGUGAUCUUUGGCAAAUCGGUGCCACCGUCGUCCUUGACUCAGCAUCUUCUCAACAUAAACAUAACCUAGAAUCUCCCUCUGAAUCUGAAUCCCUUGCCAAUUUUCGUCAAUUUCUAUUUGUCCAUUCUAAAUCUAACAAAAAAGACCUAAACACUAAAUUACUUCAAAUCAAGAUUAAAUGGCGGAUAUGGAGUGUAAGACCCCGGAUCCAUGGGGUUGUAGUUCACUGA